ACACUGCGGUAAGAUAAGUGGGUAUCAGACUAGCAAGCUAAGCACUAGCACUGUGAAAGAGUAUUUAAACAAUGGCUACAGAAUUAACUGAAGAAACACUGCAAGAUCUUUAUGCCUGGAUUGAUAAAAUACCGCUUUCCAGACCGAAGAGGAACAUAGCGAGGGACUUCAGUGAUGGAGUGAUGGCUGCUGAACUUGUGAAGCACUUCUACCCCAAAAUGGUGGACCUCCAUAACUACACCCAAGCAAAUUCUACCCAACAGAAACUGUCCAACUGGACUAUCCUCAACAGAAAGGUGUUCUCCAAGUUUAACUUCCACAUACCCGAAGACUGUGUGAGGAAGAUCAUGUGCAGCACCCCUGGGUCCAUCGAGCCGGUUCUCUGUACACUGAGAGAGAGGAUGGAGGCUGGGCCGAAGGAGAUAGCUCAGGAGGAGAGGCAGAAUUUGGAAUACUACCAGAUCUCUAACGAGAAACAGCAUGCAGAGUUGAUCCACAUGCCAGCAACGCCUCUUUAUGUGAAACCAAGCCCAGGGAGACAGGAGGAGAAGCAGAAAAUGAGCUCUGGGCCUAUCACAGCGCAGAACUCACAGAUGGACCAGACACUGCACUGGCUGGUGGAGGAGAAGGACAGAGAUCUGCUAGCCCUGCAGGAGACAGUGGAGAUCUUGCAGGUAAAGGUGAGCCGACUGGAACACCUCCUGCAGCUGAAGGAUCUGCGCAUCGAAGAUUUAACCAGACAUGUGGAGCGAUACAAGAAGAGGGCUAACAAGAAAUAGUGUGGCCACUGAAGGGUACCCAAUUAAAGACCAGUUACCCCAUUCAGUCACAUAAUGGACACUUCUAUCCAAUAGGACUUAGGCUGCUUGCUGAAUGGAAUUAGCCUAAUUCCCUUUCGCAGGUUCCAAACUACAGCUCGAUCUCGGGGCUUGAACAUACAACCCUUGUACAUCCUUAACUAUUAGGACACCACUCACUUCACAGCCUGUAUUCUUGCUACCUACCAGAUACCUGGUAAUGAAAACAAGCAAAAAGCUCAGAGCUGUAAACUCUCAUAGUUUCCGUUGGGAUUUUGUACCUUUAGACUAUCUAAAGUCGCACAAGCACAAGUUCAGUCGGUAGUAGGUCACUGUAGCCCAAGCAGGCAAGUCGAUGUAGGAAUUCGGCAAGUAGCACCCACAUUACCGCAGGGAAAUACACACAGAGACAGACUAGGGCAGCAAGGAACAUGAUACCCAUCUGAUGUUAUGAGAUGCAAAAUAAAAGGCC